GAAAAAUAAAAAAUGGGAAUCCUUAAUGAAGAAACAUUAAGCGCUAACACCAAAACCCAAAUUGUUAUUGAUGAUGAUAACGAGUUGGGCUUGAUGGCCGUGAGAAUAGCCAACGCUGCCGCCUUUCCGAUGGUUCUCAAAGCUGCCCUCGAGCUCGGUGUCUUUGACACUCUCUACGCCGCUUCGGUGUUCCUCUCACCUACCGAGAUAUCAAAUCUACUUCCAACCACACCUCGUAACCCAGGAGCACCGAUUCUGCUAGACCGGAUGCUUCGUCUACUCGCUAGUUACUCCAUGGUCAAGUGUGGUACGGUCCAAGCCGGAAAGGGAGAGAGGGUCUACAGAGCCGAGCCAAUUUGCAGGUUCUUCUUGAAAGAUAACAUUCAAGAUAUUGGAUCCCUUGCUUCUCAAGUCAUUGUCAACUUCGACAGUGUCUUCCUCAGUACAUGGGGACAAUUGAAAGAUGUGGUGCUUGAAGGAGGAGAUGCGUUUGGUCGUGCACAUGGCGGCAUGAAACUCUUCGACUAUAUGGGAACAGAUGAAAGAUUCAGCAAGCUCUUCAACCAGACCGGAUUCACUAUUGCCGUCGUGAAGAAGGCUCUUGAAGUUUACCAAGGCUUUAAAGAUGUGAAUGUGUUGGUUGAUGUUGGAGGUGGGGUUGGUAACACACUCGGUGUUGUUAUUUCUAAGUAUCCAAAUAUUAAGGGUAUCAACUUUGAUCUGACUUGUGCCUUGGCACAAGCACCUUCUUACCCUGGGGUGGAACAUGUCCCUGGAGAUAUGUUCGUGGAUGUUCCAAAAGGAGAUGCCAUGAUCUUGAAACGUAUACUUCAUGAUUGGACCGACGAAGAUUGUGUGAAGAUUCUCAAGAACUGUUGGAAGUCACUACCAGAGAACGGUAAAGUUGUUGUCAUAGAACUAGUCACGCCUGAUGACGCUGAGAAUGGAGACAUCAAUGCAAACAUUGCCUUUGACAUGGACAUGUUAAUGUUCACCCAAUGUUCUGGUGGGAAAGAGAGGUCACGAGCUGAGUUUGAAGCUCUAGCUACGGCUUCUGGCUUUACCAAGUGCAAGUUCGUUUGUCCCGCUUAUCACUGCUGGAUCAUUGAGUUCUGUAAAGAAAAUGUAUAGAAAUACAAAAAAUAAAUCCUCACAUGAAGUUAAUCUUUGGUUCAAUUGUUUGUUUGUAAUGAGUUAAAGAUCCACAACUCUCGCUUUGUCUUGGAGCAAUAUGAAAUAAGAAGUAAAAUUUUAUAUUACUA